AUGAUCAUAAAUGUUACUAUUGAACAAAAACAUCAUCAACGAACUAAACAACUACCAUCAUUUGUUUCUAAACGAAUUUCAUUACUAAAUCGUCUCAGUAUAUUUGAACGAAGUACAUUGAUUUUAAUUUUAGUAAUUUGGAUAUUAAUAGGAACAAGUUAUGUACUCGGCCGUUUCUCUUGUCGUAUUGUUUCGGCACUUAAAAGUUUACGAUAUCGAUAUGACUCGUCGUCUACAUAUACAAAUGAUAAAGUAUGCAAUGCAUUCAUUAUAUCUAAUCCUAAAUAUCAGUAUGGUAGUACAAUAACAACGUUAACAACUACGUUACGUUCAACGAAUUAUGAUGCAAAUAAAAAAUUACCCUUAUUUCUUGUUCGAGAUAAUGAUACCAUUUCAUUUUCACAUUCAUCUGAUACAACUCGAUCAAUCGCAAAUUAUCAGUUAAACAAAGGAAUAAAUAAUAAUGCAUUUCAAAAUUGUGAAAAAUCGAAACUUCACGAUAUUGUGGAGGAGAAUGCUAAAGUUGAUAGGACCAUGAUCGAACAAUAUCUCAAAUCAUACAAUCCAUUGAAUAUUGAUUUUUCAUCAAGUGAUCAGGAUUUAUGUACAAAUAUUGUCGACAAUGUAGAUGAUAGUAAUAAAAUAGUCAUAGAUGAUGAAAUAAACUCAACAGCAAGUGUUGUUGUUGCAAAUCCUUUUGUGAGUUGUUUACCAUUAUCUUGUACUCAAAAGAAAUAUCAAUUAUUGAAGAAUGAUGACGAACAUGAAGAGAUCCUAUCGAUGUGUAGUACAAAACUGACAACAUUCAAUUUGCCGGUGGUAAUGAUAACCGAUUGUUCAAUCGAAAAUAAACCUCAUACAGAUAUUAUUGAAAUGGAAGAAUUUACUAAUACUAUGCACUAA